GCUUCUUCACCAUCUCUCUCUCUCUAUAAUAUAUACCCAGAAAGAGAGAGAGAGAGAGACUCGCUUCAGUGCUUAAUCUAUAAGAGAAGAUGGGAGACGACGGCGCAACUCACCUGGAGAAGAUGGGAAGAGAACUCAAGUGCCCUAUCUGCUUGAGUCUAUUUAAUUCCGCAGUUUCGCUUACCUGCAACCAUGUCUUUUGCAAUGCAUGUAUAGUGAAAUCCAUGAAAGUCGAUGCUACUUGUCCUGUUUGUAAAGUCCCUUUCCAUCGUAGAGAGAUUCGAGGAGCUCCUCAUAUGGAUAGCUUGGUGAGCAUUUACAAGAACAUGGAAGUUGCUUCUGGUGUCCCCAUGUUUGUUAGCCAGACUAAACCAUCAUCACCAUCAGAAAAACAAAAGCAUGUGGGAGAUGGUUCCAUUGAGAAGGAAAAUGGCAAGAAACGUCAGGGAUCUAGUAAGGGCCGAACAUCCAAGAAGAGAGGGUCUAGAAAAACCAAGGAGACAGAUGUUGAUUCCUCUGGGCCUAUUGUUAUGAAACCUUCAUCCCAAACCAAUAAACGGGUGCAGCUGUCGCAGAAUCACUCUUCCCAAAGUUUAACAAAAUCUACAGAAUCAGCUGAGAAACUCAAGGACUACACUGAUAGAACUGUGAUUCGUUUGAAUGAGCACCCAAGUCAUGAUAAAGAAGAGAAUCUAGCACCUUUGUUUUGGUUGAGAGAUGAAGUUGAUGGGGAGAGCUCAAGCCAGCGAACAGAAAGUGACCAGCUUUUAGAUGUGACACCUGUUGAUGUUCCUUCUUUCAGUGAUUUGAAGGACUCAGAUCAUGACACCCCAUCCAAAGCAGUCGAGCAAAGGCCAAAUCCAGGAGACAUGUUUGACAGUGAAAUGUUUGAAUGGACUCAAAGGCCUUGUUCUCCAGAGAUUCUUCCUAGUCCUGUGAAGGCCAAGGACCUAGGUAAAGGUGAGAUUGAUCUUCCCCAAAGGAAACUAUCUAAAGAUGCAUCAUCAAAUAAAAAACGCAAAGCAGGAAGUGCAAGAAAGAAAGUUGUUAAUGUACGUGUUGGGGUUUCCAAGGAGGACCACAUGGCAUCAUCUGCAGGAGAAAGUAUUGGUGAGAAACAAGAGACUGGUGGAACUUCUGGCAUAUCUAUCAGGAAAGAUGGAAAGCUUGAUGAAAAUGUGAAAGCUAAACGGGCUACAAGAAACAAGGGACAGACUUCAGGUGUUCAGUCUGGUGUUAAAAAAUCUGUGGAGGCAGAGGGAAAGCACGGGACAAAGAGGAAAAGAUCUAGCGUUAAAGUGUCUGCAGAGCAGCCGGUUGCUGUAUCUAGUGAGCUCUCAGUUAGAACAGAGAACGUUGGUAAGGGGGAUCAGGAACCUGAAAAACAAAGUCCUGCAGAGAAACCCUCUCUGAAAAAGAGAAGAAAAUCUCAAACGGGUGAUCUCUCUGGGAGAAGUGAAAAGAAGACUUCAGAAAAGAGAUCAAAACUUGAUUCCUGUGCAACCCCAAGCAGAGUUACACAAUCCCGUGGCAAGAAAAUCCUUAGUGAUGAGUUGAAUCAAGCGGGUGAUAGACAAGAUUCAACUAACAAAAAGCCCUCACUUGGAGGUAGUGUACAUUUGCGACGAUGUUCUGGACCACCAACAAAUAAAUUCACUUGUGCAUUCUGUCAGUCCUCAGACGAAACAGAGGCUUCAGGAAAAAUGUCUCACUACCACAAAGGUGAACCUGUCUCUGCAGAUUUUAGUGGAGGGUCUAACGUCAUACAUGUUCACAAAAAUUGUGCUGAAUGGGCUCCAAAUGUAUACUUCAACAGACGUACAGCAGUCAACCUUGAUGUGGAGCUGACAAGAAGCCAGAGAAUAACUUGCAGUUGCUGUGGGCUUAAAGGGGCAGCACUUGGUUGUUACAAUGAGAGUUGCAAGAAUAGUUUUCACGUUACGUGUGCAAAACUGAUACCAGAAUGCAGAUGGGACGAUAAAAACUUUGUAAUGCUAUGCCCUUUGGAUGCAUCCUCUAAGUUGCCUUGUGAAGAGGCUAGUCCAAAAGGAAGAAAACGCAAGCGUGCUCCUGAAGGACCAUUGCAAGCUCAGACUAAUCAAGUAUCUGAAAAAUCUGACAUCAGUGAGCUCCAAAGAAAGCCUUUUCACGGAUUACCCAAGAAAAUGGUUCUAUGCUGUUCAGGACUUACAGAUGAAGAGAAUAGUGUGAUUUCGGAAUUUGCUGAACUGUCUGGAGUUACAGUCUCGAGAAAAUGGGAGCGAAGAGUUACACACGUCAUUGCAUCGAUCAAUGAAAAUGGAGCCUGCAAAAGGACACUCAAAUUCAUGAUGGGGAUCUUGGAGGGGAAAUGGAUUCUGAGCAUUGAUUGGAUCAAGGCCUGUAUGAAAAACGGAGAAUGUGUAAGCGAGGAGCCAUAUGAGAUUUCCAUUGAUGUUCAUGGAACACGACAAGGACCUUAUAUUGGAAGACAAAGAGCUUUAAACAAGGAACCAAAACUUUUUAACGGACUAAAGUUUUACAUGAUGGGAGACUUCGAGCUUGCUUACAAAGGGUAUCUUCAAGAUAUGAUUGUGGCAGCAGGAGGAACAAUCCUGUGCAGGCGGCCCGUUUGUAAUGACGAUAAUGAAGCUUCCACGAUCGUUGUAUUUAAUACUGAGCCAAGCAAGAAGAAAACUCUGACGGAAAGAAGAUCCGAUGCUGAGGCCUUGGCUAGAUCUGUUAAUGCAAGAGCUGCAAGUAGUUCAUGGGUCUUGGAUUCUAUUGCAGGUUGCCAAGCUCUAGACUUGAUGUAAAUUUGUGAAACCAUCUCUGGAUGUUUUACUUGUUUUUGGUUUUGUCAGUAUGACUUAUGGAGACUUGUGUUAAUAAUUUUCUUUAACGUUUUUUUUU